AUGAAUACCUCUCAAAUAACUACUCCCAUUCUCCUCCUCCUUCACAUUGUCCUCUUCACUUUUUUCCCUUCCAAAUCAUCAUCAUCAUCAUCACAAGCUGAAGUAGAUGCCCUUUUGAAAUGGAAAAACUCCUUAAAACCAUCCUAUUCUCUCAACUCAUGGUCUAACCACACAAAUACAUGCAAAUGGCAUGGCAUUCAAUGCAAUAAAAAUGGCUUGGUCACUCAAAUCAAUCUACCAAGUUCGAGUCUCACCGGAGACCUUAAUCGAUUCAAUCUCUCCUUACUCCCGAAUCUUGUCGAUCUCGACUUGUACAAUAACAGCCUGUCCGGAAAAAUUCCCAAAUCCUUAUUCACUACAAGUUCGAAGCUCGAAUAUCUUAACCUCAGCUCAAAUUCAUUUAACGGUACUCUGUCCGAAAUUUUCACUUCUGCAGGUCAGUCUCGUAAUAAUCUACAAUAUCUCGAUCUAUUUAACAAUCGUCUUAAUGGGCCUAUACCGUCUUCCUUACCCGAUGUACUCGAAAACCUGAUAUGGUUAGAACUUGGUUCGAACUUUUUCAGUUCAAAUAUUCCUCCCGCCUUCGGCAAAUUUACUAAGUUGUCGUACUUAGGUCUUUCGAAGAAUCACCUCUUUGGCACAAUCCCGUCAGAGAUAGGAAACAUACUUAGCUUGACGAGCUUAGACCUUAGCACCAAUCGGUUGUCAGGCACAAUACCCCCGACAAUCGUAAACCUCACCAAACUCGAAUAUCUUCAGCUUUUCACCAACACUCUCCGAGGAAAAAUACCCGACCAGAUCGGGAAUCUGAGGUCCCUCAUGAAUCUAGAGGUCAACAUCAACCGAUUGACCGGAACUCUACCGGAUUCCAUCUGUAACCUUAGAAACCUCAUCCGUUUGGCAGUUUCCGACAAUCACUUGUCGGGAGAACUACCACAGUGCCUUGGAUCGAAAAGCCCCCGGCUAGUUGACGUAAGCGUAUCGAACAAUGAGUUUUCGGGCCAACUGCCGAGGACACUGUGCAAAGGCUUAGCCUUGCAAGUACUCACAACAGACGUAAACAACUUUUCGGGCCCAUUGCCAGACUGCAUCAAGUAUUGCAAGAACUUGAGGAGGGUACGCCUCGAAGUGAAUAGGUUCUCCGGGAAUAUUCAAGACACAUUUGGUAACCACACGAAGCUCAAAUUCUUAAGCCUUAGUAAAAAUCAAUUCACGGGCGAAAUCCCGCGCGAGUGGGGCCACUUAUUAAAAAGCAUCACGGAAAUCCAUAUGAGUAACAACGGUCUCUCGGGCUCCAUUCCAUCCGAGUUAGGGAGUCUGGCUCAACUGCACGUUCUCGAUUUGGGCACAAACAGAUUAACAGGUAACAUUCCUGUUGAACUCGGGAAACUAAACAGGCUAUUUACUCUCGUACUUGUAAACAACCUUUUGACCGGAGAAAUUCCUGCGGCCGUGGGGCAGUUGGGAAGGCUUCAGUUUCUCGACCUCUCGCGAAAUAACUUCAACGGCGAAAUUCCAAAGGACAUCGGGAGUUUGAAGAGCUUGCUGAGCUUGAUAGUCGAGCAAGCAAAUUCUGACAAUUGGCAUGAUGAAAAUAAUUUUAAAAAGGAGGGAGAGAGGAGAACAUAG